AUGACCACUCUCUGUUUGUCCCGAUCCCCCAACGACUGUCUCUCCGAACCAGCACGAUAUCCGAAUUCGAGUGCUUCCGGGGACCAAAGUCCUGUUCGCUCUUCUGAACGGGCAUCAAAUCGCCGUUCUAGGUUGGAUCGAAAUCAUUGCGCACCUAUACUGUCUUCUGAACCUGGCUGCCAACCGCCAAAACCACCCACGAAUGAGUGUGCCAGAGGAGCAAUCGCGCGCUUUGAUCUUGCCAAAAAUGUACCUUACCUUCUUACUGCCAACCUGGGUAGUGCUAUUUACGCGGCGCCCGAAGUCAACACAAAUGCCAGAUUCAUGAAAACGGAAUAUGACUUCAAGAGUCAGCUCGUGGCCAGAAUGUUAAGCAGACGGUCGGAUAGUCGUCCGACCGCAUUGGAACUGUUGUGCAUAUUAGCCAGUAGUUCGGAGUUUCCAGAUUUAAUUCAAUAUCGCUUUACGUCUGAAGCUUCCAUCAGUGGCGUCCCACACGAUCGUCCUGGAUCAGUUGCCGACGUUCGGCUCCCUCCUAGUGAACUCGACUCUAUUGGCUCAUCUUCACAUCGUGCAUUUGACCUCCUUUUGUGGCGCACCCGAGAGUUGGAACGCGAAAAUUUAGAUCUUCGACGACGUCUUUCAUUUUACGAAUCGUCAUGACUGGUCAGGAUUUCUUUGUAUUUUGUAACUAUCCAUUCGACCUCAGGUUGUCCCAUUCGCCAUUUUUAUUUAUAAG